AUGGCUUCCCUUUUGAGUGUGCUCUGUGUUGUGUUGGCUGUGAUGAAUAGCGCAGCCAAAAUAGCUGCUAGGGAAUUCAAAGUGGGUGGUGAUUCCGGUUGGCAUGAACCUGCCCCCAACGACACUGCAUUUUAUAAUCAAUGGGCUUCAACCAACAGGUUUCAAGUUGGUGAUUCUUUGGUUUUUGAGUACCAGAAUGACUCGGUUGUGAAUGUGGAGAGAUGGGAAUACUUCCACUGUGACUCGAACAACCCCAUCGGCGCAUUUGAUGAUGGGAACAGCACAGUGAUUCUUGGCAGCCCUGGGAUGUUCUACUUCAUCAGUGGAACUGAAGAUCAAUGCCAGAAAGGGGAGAAGUUGAUGGUAGAAGUCAUGUCACCACGCUCACUUCCAUCGCAAGCUUUCUCACCAUUGCCUCUUUCCCAUAGUCAUGCCUCAAGGGUUUCUGAUUCCAUGCUGCUUAGCUUCAGUUUUUUCUUCUGUUUUCUUCUUCUGCUAACUGUGGUUAACUAG